AAGAUUUACAGACUGUGUUUUGUCUUCUCCUUCAAUUUCAACUCCCAACUUCUCUUGGGAGAGCCUUAUACAGACUUGUUAAAUAGAUAUAUUUUUUCUAUUAUGAAUCCUAAUACGGAUAGUAAUGAAGUUUCUUCACAAGUCUCUUCUAUUUAUGAGUCCAAUCAAAAGGUUCAUAUAUUUAGUUUAGCUAAGCAAGAGAGCCAAUCUAUGCUAUUGAACCAUCUUAAGGCUCCUCCAUUGCUAAAAGCUACUGCUUCUCUGGUUUAUGGUUCAUCAUCUUCACUUAAACCAGAAUCAGCUUCUCCAUUUUGGAAUGGAGAUGAUGGGUUAAUGGAGAGAAGUGGCCAAAGCCACACUGCCUUCCCUUACUAUGGAUCUGCUCCUUACAGUAUAAGUAUAGGUUAUGGUAGUGAAAAUUUAAAUGGAGUAGGAGGAGCAUUUACUGCAUCUGAGAGGAUGGAAUUAAAACAGCAAGCAUUGAUCUACAAGCACAUCUCUGCAAGUGUUCCUGAACCUGAUAAUUUGCUCCUACCUCUUGAGAAUAACCUCCGCCCCCAUCCAUAUGGUUUGCCUGCCUCUUCUGCUGGGGUCUUUCCUUCCAAUUCAUUGGGAUGCAGUAGUCUCCAACUAGGUUACAUGGGCAGCAGCACCAGCAGGGAUUCUGAACCUGAACGGUGUCGUAGAACAGAUGGAAAGAAAUGGCGAUGCUCAAGGAAUACUGUUCCGGACCAAAAGUAUUGUGAAAAACAUAGGAACAGAGGCCGCUAUCGUUCAAGAAAGCCUGUGGAAGCCCAAACAGCUGCCCAAGCAACCAACACAAACACCAGCAUGCCUGUAACUGUCAUCUCCGGCAAGCCAUUUCAUGCAAUUUCACAGCUCCAACAGUCAAAGAAUGAGGAAACUGCUAAUAAUUCAGGCAUUUAUGAAAACUGUGACCCUUUCUUAAGCUUUUUCAAUGAUGGUCAUGGUUGGCUUAAUAAUAGUAAUAAUAAGCAGCUGAAGUCUGAUAAUUGGACUCCACUUUCCAUGUCAAACCCAAUUGCCACAUCAGCAUUGCAGGAGAGAGCUUCUAUUUCACCAUUAAUGUCGUCUUCUGUGCUUGGCAAUCAAAUGGAUGAGUUAACCCAAAAGCAAAGUUAUUCUACAGUUGGUGGCCGUUUAGGAGAGGUACUGAAUGCAAGUUUUGCUGGUAAUGCUGGAAACUGAGGUAGUGGUGGGAUAAGGAAAAUAAAAGGUGAAGAAGCCUGGAGUUCUUUGCCCCUUGAGAUGUUUGUCUCUUUUUUAUAUUUUUAAUUAGGAAUGUAAGGACUUGCUGAUAUCAAUUGAGCAGGAGGUUGUUAUUUUUGCUCA